CACGCACCGCUAACGGCAGCAGUAGUGUAGACCGGUCGUUGUCGUCGCUGUUGUUGUUCUUGCAGCAGUAUUAGUGUUGAACGUGCGCCCGUACUGAGUGCCGGUUACUCGUCUGCGUAUCUGUCCGUUACCAAAUAACGAAAAACGACCCCUUCAAAUAUCGUUUGAUUAUUGCCGUGAUUCGCAGUAAUUCUGGUUGUUUGUCGCGUGGAGACCGAGCCGGUCGGGCCCGGGUAGCAUUCGAUCGAUAACACCGUUUCCGGUUCCACAACAGUGCGGCGUCGGCCAUGCGUUUGAUGCCGUUGCGCGAUUUAUAGUGUUGGCAGUGGACGAUCAUCCCCCUCGUACGAUUUAAAUAAUUAAUUAUUUAACAUUUAAUUGAACCGUUCCGUAGUUCCGUCGCGGUUUAUUACCGUUUUCGUUUCUCGUAGUAGCAACCGGCCGUCCGGAAGCUAAAAUGACUCGCAGUCUUUGGUUGUUCGCGGUCGUCCUGUGCCUAGCACAGACGGCAAUCGCCAGCGCACCUUCUUCGUGUUACCGGACUUCCAACUACUUCCGAACGCAUUUCAACGACACCAGCUACGUGUUGGAACAACCAGCUGUAUCAAGCGCUUUCUUGCAAGUGUGCGGAAAAUCGCAAGAGACGUGUUGUCAUGAAAAUUCUGAACCGCAACUGGUGACCGUGGGCAGAAAUAUGUACGAGGAUAAAUUACAGACUUCAUUAAAAACCCUGAGCGGCAUGUACAAAGAGAAAGCUGCGAAAUUCGAUGAAUACUUCAGGGACAUGCUGAACAAGGCAAGAAUGGGUUUUCACGACAUGUUCAAAAAGACGUACGGAAUGAUGUACGAACAGAACUCGUACCUGUUCCAAGAUCUGUUCCGAGACCUGGAAAAGUAUUACGACGCGGGCAACACGAACAUCGUUGAGGUGUUGGAAAACUUCUUCUCCGUACUGUGUCAGAAAAUGUUCACUGUCAUGAACAGCCAAUUUGCGUUUGACGCCAAGUAUUUGGUUUGCGUCAGUGAGAGCAUGUCUGAGGUAGCGCCUUUUGGCGACGUGCCCGACAAACUUUCGGCGCCGCUGAAAAGGUCAUUUGUCGCUUCCAGAACGUACGUCCAGGCCCUGAAAAUAGCCAGUGACAUUUUGGCCAACAUCAACAAGAUGGCGCCUACCCAGGAGUGUUUAGUCGGCUUCACCAGAAUGACCCAAUGUCCAGCUUGUAGAGGAUUGCAAGACAGCAAAGCUUGUAACGGCUAUUGUUUGAACGUCAUGAAAGGAUGUUUGGCGUACCACUCGCAACUUGAUCAAGACUGGAACGCGUUUUUAGAUAUCAUGGAGAAGGUGAAAAAACGUCUGUUAGGGCCGUUUAACAUCGAACUUGUCGUUAUACCGAUCAAUGUAAAGAUAUCCGAAGGUAUAAUGAACUUCCAAGAGAACUCUCAGAAGGUUUCACAAAAGGUGUUCGCCAACUGCGGUAAACCUACGUUGGGGCCAUCACGUCGUCGCCGUCGCCGCGACGUGUACAACAUCGACGACUACUAUGACUACCAACAAGGACGAGUGAUGAACGAUGGCAAAAACAAGGACGCCGGUAAAGCCGACGAGGACGGCGAGGACGAUAUGGACGAUGAGGACGACGAAGACGAUGAAGACGACGAGUAUGACGACGUGAAACCAGCGGUGCCACCUCAAGCCAGAAAUGAAAAAAAAGAAAACGUCCAGGAAGAAAGCGGUGAACGGAAGAAGCAACAGCAACAGCAGCAAAGGAAAAACAAGAACAACAAUGGUCCGAAGAACGGUGCCAGUGGUGGAGGAAACAAAAACAGGAAAAAGAAUAACAAGAACAACGGUCUCGAAGACGAGGAAGAAGACCAAGGAGGUCCUGCGUUUGCGUUCCACAGGCUGCUCAAAGACAUCGGCACCCAUGUGUCGUCCACAAAAAACUUUUGGAAGAGAUUGCCGUAUGAGGUGUGCAAUAAUGAAGUGGCUGUGAUCGAGACCGUUCAGAACACCAGUUGCUGGAACGGAUCUGCAUUAGCCAGUUACGCCAAGGAGGUGAUGAAAGACGGCAUCAAAAACCAGAAGAGGAAUCCCGAGGUGCCGGUGGACGUGACGCGGCCGAGUAGUCUGCUCAACGAACAGGUGUUCGCGCUCAAGGCCCUGACCAACCUGCUGAAGAACGCGUACCAAGGGCUGGACGUGGAGUGGGACAUGGAAGAGGUAUUCCACGGUGGCGAGUCGAGCGGCGCCGGCCCGAUAGCGUCGUCGGGCGACGGUUCAGGAGACGAGGACUCGGAUACCCUCAGCGGUCACGUGCCCUCGUCGUCUCCGUCACCGCCACCACCGCCGGCGGGCGGAAGCGGCUCGGUCACGACGGCCAUCAACGCGGCCGGCACGACGACGCCCUCGCCGACGCGAACGGCGACGGAUCCGUCCGACGGCGGCACAGGGUCUGGAUCGAGCGCGGGCCACAAGGCCAAACCGACGCUUCAGAAAGCGCUGGCCACGUACCUGUUGCCGGUGGUCGCCGUCUGGUUCGGCGGUUCGUUCCUCGAGUGGAUUCUGUGAGCGGGCCGAGAAUGUUGUCCGUCGCGGUUUUUCCGUAUUUUAUUAUUUUGAAAUUUUAUUAUUUUUUUAAAUCUUGUCGUUUUUGAACGGUGCCAUAAAGGAACAAAAAAAAAAAAAAAAAAUAAGAAAAAAAACAACUACAAAAAAACGUUCAGCGCGUGUUGUUUGACUGUGAUAAUUUUUUUUUUUUUUCGUGUACAAAUAUUUUAUUUGUUAAGUAGCGUAGUCGCGUGUAUAUAGUGGCCCAGCGCGACUACCUUAUCCUCGGGCAGCACACGGGCCCGCCCCAGAUUUCUCUCAAAAAACCUGUAAGCAGCGAGUCUUCAUCGAAAGUUUACGAUAUAUUAUAAUAUAAAAUUAACAGUGACGUUUCUUUUUAUGGUAGUUUAUUGUAUAACUACACAAACCUAACAUCGUUAUAGGAAACUAACAUAAUAUUAUUAUUGUAACAUGUAUUCGUUUUAGUUUUAAUUAAUAUUAUAAGUAUAUUAUAUUGUAUUCAAAUAUCUCAUCUUGCAAUCUGUAAUUGGUUGUUUAUGUUGUAAUGGCUAAGGAUAUAAACAUAUAUCUACCGUUCCGAUAGACAGUAUGUUACGCACUAGAUACAUCGCACAUUACAACGUAUAUAUUAUUAUUUUUAUAUAUUUAUUAUCAUCAAAUUCUAAAUUAACAGGUUUUCCAGUAAAAUUUCCCUUGAGAUCUUUGAUCUUGAGAACUCUUUUGGUCAAAUAAAUUCAUUUGCGCCGCUUUACCACAAUAUGGAGCAACAGCUUCUGUUAGUGUAUUUUGUUUAUGACGAUUUUUUAUUUGUUUUAAUUUUUAAGUGAAUUAGUCUAGUCAACAUUCUCAUAAAUUGUAAAAAUGUAGCAAACAAAGAAAAAAUGUACAAUUUCGAUUUUCAUUUAUACAAUUUUUUCUCUUUAAUAUAUACAUUUUUUUUUAUUGGGUAAAUAUAUUUUUGUAAUACAUUAUUGUUUUAUACAUAAACAUAUGUGAUUUAAAAAUAAUCUUAUGUGCAUAAUAUCAUAAAUAUUUGUACAAACAUAUUAUUGUCUGUCUUUCUACAAAAGAAGGGUCCAUGUUUCGUUGUUAAGGCCUUAUUUAAUACUAAUCUAUAAGUAAAUAAAAUUAAAAUAAAAACUUUUUGUCAUAAGUUUUUUUGUAAUGUAAUUAUGUACUUAUAUCAUGUAUAUAAAUAAUUUAUAAUUAAAUAAAAAAAUAUUAAUUAAAAAGAUA